AGCGUCUAGGCCGGUGGCGAUGGCCGGGCCGGGGUGUGGGGCCCGCAGCGCUGCUCCUCUCCUGCUCCUGCUGCUCCUGCCCCGGGCCCUGCCGGACGGACCCCUGCUGUUUGUGGCUCUGGUGUUCCGCCACGGCGACCGGGCCCCGCUGGCCUCCUACCCCACAGACCCGCACAAGGACGCCGCCCCCACCCUGUGGCCUCGAGGCCUGGGCCAGCUGACCGAGGAGGGGGUCCAACAGCAGCUGGAGCUGGGCCGCUUCCUGCGGAGGCGCUACAAGGCCUACCUGAGCCCGGAGUACCGGCGCGAGGAGGUGUACAUCCGCAGCACCGACUUCGACCGCACACUGGAGAGCGCUCAGGCCAUCCUGGCCGGGCUCUUCCCGGAGGCGUCCCCGAGGAGCUCCGAGGCCGACUGGAGGCCGAUCCCGGUGCACACGGUGCCCGUGGCUGAGGACAAGCUGCUGAGGUUCCCCAUGCGAAGCUGUCCCCGGUACCAGGAGCUGCUGCGGGAGUCCACGGAGGCGGCCGAGUACCAGGAAGCCCUGGAGGGCUGGACGGACUUCCUGAGUCGCCUGAGCAACUUCACAGGGCUGACGCUGGUGGGGGAGCCGCUCCGCAAGGCCUGGAAAGUUCUGGACACGCUGAUCUGCCAGCGAGCCCACGGCCUUGCCCUCCCACCCUGGGCCUCCCCAGAUGUCCUGAGGACACUCGGCCAGAUCUCGGCUUUGGAUAUCAGGGCCCAUGUGGGCCCGCCCCGGGCGGCAGAGAAGGCCCAGCUGACUGGGGGGAUUCUGCUGGAUGCCAUCCUUGCCAACUUCUCCCGGGUCCAGAGCCUGGGGCUGCCCCUCAAGAUGGUCAUGUACUCUGCUCACGACAGCACCCUUCUGGCCUUGUACGGGGCCCUGGGCCUCUAUGACGGGCACACCCCACCCUAUGCUGCCUGCCUUGGCUUUGAGUUCCGGAGCUGCGCUGGGGACCCGGAGGAAGACGGAGCCGGAGGGAACAUCACCGUCUCCCUCUUCUACCGCAACGACACCAACCGCCCGCCCCUGUCCCUCAGCGUCCCCGGGUGCCCAGCCCCCUGCCCGCUAGGGCGCUUCCGCCAGCUGACUGCUCCGGCCCGGCCUCCCGCCCGUGGGGCCGCCUGCCAUGGCUCCCAUAGGCCUGCCGCUGCCCCAGACUGCUGGAGAGCCGGGCCCCAAGGUGGGCCAGCCCGUGCACCCCGCCCUGGACCAGCGUCCCACCCGGACCACGCCACCCACCUCGGCUCAGGAAGGGCGCUGCACCUGCCACUUAAUGGCGCCUGUGGCGGCAGAGUCCUCGGAACCCUGCUCAUACGGAUGCCCCUCAACCCAGACCCCAGGCGCUGGCCUGUGGCCAUGGGGGCAGCCAAAGCCACCGGAGUACUUGGGAGGGAUCAGUGGGCGCCCCCAGGCCAGCACACCGAAAAGCACACUCUGAGAGGGAGGGCAACUGCCCACAGGAAAAAGCCAGCCAGAAAGCCAGUCAGGGCCACGAGGGGGACAUGACUGCUAAAACCAAAGUGUCACACACGCCUAAAACAUUAAGUAAA